AAUCAAUUAAUCUUGCCUUAAAUAUUUGUUUAUCUAGAAAAUGAAUUAUAAUUUGAAUUGGUCAGUAUUGAAAUAUGAAUUGACGAGAUUGAGUUCCAAGUCACGGCCACAACACGAACACAACUGGGGCCUCUGAAGUAAACAGUCCCGGCGUGAGGCAAACGAAGCACAGUAGGAAGUUUCUGAAGGACAAAUAAAUCGUAUGUAGUGGGAGGAUAGGAGACAAAAGAGUAGAGGAUAGAAUAGUUCAGUAAGAGGUUGGGUAGUGUGUAGCAGAUGGGGACAUGAUAGUGCUUGUGUGUGUGUGUGUGUAAGAGAGAUUAUUAUCUGUCUGCUACACCUGGUUUCCCUCGGCAGUAGCACACCUACUUACAUUUGACAAGUGCGCUGCCCGAGGUCAUUGUGCACUUUGAUUUAUUUGUGAGUGUGUGUGAGUGAGAGAGAGACAGACGAUCUAUACUGCCUUCGUGGAGACGGACCCAAUUGGCACGGACCACACGUCUGCCUUGUCAGGGGCAUGAAAGUGUCAUGGGAGGAACAGCAGGUCACCAGCAGUGAACAGCUCGGAGCACCAGUGACAUGAUUUACACAAGUGGUGGUCCGUUCCGAUUCCUGUGGCCGGUUGGGAGGCAGCAAACAAGAGAGAAGGUGCGGAGAGCUGUGCUGCUGCCUCCUGGGUCCAUGAAGGAAUGCCUGCGUGUGGCGGUGGCAGCAGUGGCAGCGCUGGGCAUCAUCUACCUGCUGUACCAGUACCUCGCUGCACCACGAGCUUUCACUGUGGUGCAUCCCCCUGUGUUGCAUGUGCUGAGGGAAGAAUACAGUGUCUGGCCGCCCUUUAUUGGCAGGCUGCCCCACUCACAGGAGUGGUACACCAGCGAAUGCUUUGACAGCAGAACUUCAGAGGACCUGGUGGAAAUCUUUGGCAGCCUCAUUCCCACAUGGGCUGAGUCUCCCCACCUGGAAUGUCAGGAGUCGUACAGCAGGUUCCAGGAGCUAUAUGAGGUGCACCAGAGGACAUCAGGACCACUGGAGAUGCCCAGUUCUUUUGCUGAGAAAGUGCGAGGCUGGUUGGGAGGGGAUGAAAUGUUCCGGGAGAAGGUUGACAAACAGAUGAUCAUCCAUGUCUUCCACCCCCUCAUGUCAGAGCACACUGUCUAUAACCCAGUGAGGGCGCAGCGUCCCAUGCCAGACACGGGCCAGGACAUCUUUGACUGGGUGUCUGAGAGGGUGGCCAAGACAAAAGCAACCUGUGACUUUUGCCGCUUCAACACACAGACCGCUGCUGAUAAAUUUGGCAGACAUGAGACCAAAGACACAGUGAGGAUCAGCAACACAUUCAAGAUGGAGGCUCAUCACAGCAUGGUGGUGCCGAGCCACGUCCACCACCCCCUCCACCUCCCCCGGGACCUGCUGGUGCACCUGUUUGAGGACGCAACACAGUGGUUCUUUGAUGUCGGCCAGCAGGAACCUCAUUUCAUCUACCCAAACCUUGCCUGGGACACACUCUUCCAUGCUGGUGCUUCCCAGAUCCACCCUCACAUCCACAUGAUGCUUGCCCCUGACCACUACUAUGGCAGCAUGGAGGGUCUUCGCACCGCUGCCCAGGCUUACUACCGCUCCACAGGCAGGAACUACUUCUCCAGCCUGGUCACCAUCCACGACACGUUGGGUCUGGCAGUGGAGUAUGGGGAUGCUGUAGCCUUGAGUAGCCUGGGUGGGAAGGGUGACCUGGAGGUGGUAUUCCUGUGUGAUUACCCAAGCAAAGACUUCUUCAGUCUUAUUUACUUCACUGUGCAGGCGUACCACGACACCUUCAGGCAGCCAUGCAAAUCGCUGGCGGGGGCGUGGCCGGCACUGGGCACCACACGCAAUGCCUCGGUGGGCCGCCUGCCUGCCAUUGCCCGCAUGGUGUCCAGGGGUGACUGUUCUUCCCUCAGGGCAGACUUCAGUACUUUUGAGAUAUUUCAGGCUGUCUACAGGCCACACACACCAUGGCAGGUCGCAGCAGCAAUAAGGAAAGCUAUAGAGAAGUAUGAUAAAUAGCACAAAGGAAUGAGAGGAGGCAGCAGGAAGGAGAGAGAGAGAGAGAGAGAAAGAGGAGACAUGACAUCCUUGUACUUCUCGCCACAUACACUUUAUUCGUACCCAACUUACUAAGAUGGUGCUGGAGGUAGUAGGUAAGCCUGAAGGUGUUCAAGUCCCUCCAUUGCCUUGCUGUGCCCUUUGUAUUGUUUUCUAUCACUUAGUAGUGCCAAUCUUUCAUUUCUGCAAGACGAGAUGUUCCUUUAUCAGUAUUUCUGAGUCACGUUGGUCAAAUGAAAUGUGUAGACUUUUCUUCAUGUUCAAGUGAAAAAACUGCAUUUUACCUAAUGUCAUUAUUUUCAUCUCUUGUUUUAUCAUUUGGCCAAAGCUGAUAACUGUGAUUAAACUUCAUCUUAUUUAUUCUUAACUUUUCAUCAGUAGUAUUUCUCAGUGAAUUGACUACUACUUCAGUGAUUGAGAAUUAAUCUGAUGGUUUCUGCAUUUGCAGUAUUUUAAAGCUGAUUGCCCUAAUUUCUGAAGGCUGUUUCAGGGAUUUAAAGUUGAAAAGUUUGAUAUUUAAUUAUGUAUAUUUAUGUAAAAGUAGGAUUUUCUUGAUUUCUUUCUUUCCUUUCCAUUUUCUACCCUUAAGUCCUUGACCUAGCCACUGAUCUGCCUACAUCCUUGCUGAGCUGAGGAAAUAUACAUAUACUUUAAAUAAGGGAAUCAUUAUGUAUAUAUGGAUUUAUCAGAUGUGUGUGUGUGUGUGUGUGUGUGUGUGUGUGUGUGUGUAAUUCACUGUUAGAUCUGCUGCAGUCUCUGACGAGACAGCCAGAUGUUACCCUACGGAACGAGCUCAGAG